CAUAAAAUACAGGAGGGUGUCAGCAGUUCGCUUGGAAUCAAUUGCAAAAGCAGACUGCAGGACAAGUUCAGUUAUACAUAUAUUCUGGAAAAUCUACAGCCUUAAAAGUGCUUUGUCUAUUCCUGACUGGACACAUCCUCUCAAGCUACCUGAUGAAAUAACUACAGAUAGCGUAAUAUUUUACAUACCUGGGAAUGUUUUGUAUUAUGGCUUUCAUCAUGUUAAUGUGACCAUGACAGUUUUUCUACCUGCAUAUAAUAUAAACAUCACUGAGUCAGAUUCAAUAUUACUCCAAAUUCUAGAAAGUGAUUUAGUAGCAAACAUAAUUGGAGGACCCUUCCGGAUGGUUGGUGUUUCUGAUCGUUGGGCUCUGGAUGGAUCUACCUCAUCUGAUCCUGAUUCACACAAUCCCCUGGAAGGAAUGACAUUUCACUGGUACUGCACAAAACGGGAAUUGGAUUAUUCAACAAUGAGGCUGAGUCCCAAUGAAAAAUGCCACCCAGCUCAGGUUGAUUUAACCUGGACACCUUCCAUUGAUCCCAUUCAAAUGGUGGAGCCCAACACACUUCAGGAAAACGCAAAAUACUAUUUUAUCUUAAGAAUUCAGAAGCAGAAUAGAUCAGCGCACACACUCCAAACAGUUCGUGUACUCCAUGGUUCUGUACCAGUGUUGAACAUCACCUGUGUUGAAAAUUGUGAGAAAACUAUAAAAGUAACAGAAAGUUUUGUUCUUUCUGCAAGAUGUCUAAAUUGUGGAAAAAAUCAACCACUUUACUUUUGGACCCUUCUUUCAGCAAAUUCCAGGGAAAUACAGUUUGACUGGGCUUCUAAAACUACAACUGGGAGGUCAAAUCCAUCCAUACAUAUAAACCCAUUAGCAUUCAGAUAUAUGACGGACAGAUUCUAUGCUCUUCGUCUCAAAGUAAAUUCACAGGGAAAAUCUUCAGGUGUUUACACAUAUUCAUUCUAUGUAAAUUCUCCACCCCAGACUGGAAAGUGCAACAUUUAUCCAAAGGAAGGCACAGCCUUCCUUACAAAAUUUGUCAUCCACUGUACUGGCUUUGAGGACAAAGAUGGGCCUCUUACAUAUAAAGUGAUAGUACAUUCUGAUUUAACAAAAAUGACUAAUGUAUCUUCUCUACAGAAUAAUACAUUUGGAACAGUAUUGUACACCGGUCAUCACCACAAAACUCCUCCAUCAUUCCUGCCAAGUGGCACACCAUCUAAAAAAUAUGCAUUGGAAAUAAGCGUCCAAGUAUAUGAUGCCUAUGGCGCAUUUUCUCAAGUAUCUCUUCAGGCAAUUGUGCAUGAUCCAAGAAGAAGUAAGCCAGCUGAUAUUAUUCUGAGUGUACUGCAUAAUUUAACUAGUGGGAUAAAUUCUUAUCUUGAAAUGAAAGAUUACUUUAGUACUGGUUUCCUUAUAUAUGUGGCAUCUUCUGUAUUAAAUGAUAUUGAAGCUUCACCACCUACAUAUGACUCAAAAAAUGAUUUACGGGAAAUCCUCCUUAAUGCAUCUUCCGGGAUUCCGAUGAAUGAAGUAGGGAAGAUAAACCAAAUUGUAUCAAUUAUUUGUCAAAUAACACAGAAUGUUAAUAAAAUUGGAAGGGGGUUACAACUGCUUGCGGUCAGAAAACUAAAAGAAGCCAGUGAAGCUCUAAAAAGACACAGGGACAAAGACUUAGGUUCCAAGGAAGCAGAAAUAAUUAGCAACGGUAUAUUUACUGGAUUGUCUAAUGUAGUGAGAGCAUCUCUCUUGAACCAUAGGAACGCCAAUAUAAAUGCAGUUAAAGAAGCAAUUCAGGUGACAGAAAUAGUAGCAGACCUAGUCUUACAGGGAAAAGUUCCCGGGGAACGUAAAACUAGCAUAGAAGCCAAAGAUUGGUCUAUUCGCUUAUGGAAAAAUGAAAAGUGGGAACUUUCUAAAAAAAUAUCUCCGAGACUACAUUGUAGAAAUUGUUUUCAUCUUAAACUGAAUCACACUGAAUUACCAGCAGAUGCUGUAAUUUCCACUCUCCAUUAUGUAUUUAAGGAGAAUCCCUUCUUUUGGUUGCCAAAUUCAGUAGAUAUUCACACAGUAGUGAAUGGGUUCAAAAUGUUAGGAGUCGCAGCCAAUGGAGACGUUAUAGGGAUCAACCCCGAGCUAACAGAGUUGAUUAUGGAUAAUAACAAUAAGAAAUCUGCCGCUUUUAAUUUGACAAUAGGGCCUGAUAAAAAACUCUACAAAACAACUGGUGGCUUCAAUAUUGAAAUAAAGAAAGGUUCCAAACAUGUUUUCAUCCAGAUCCUAUGUGACAUUGAGGUGACAUUCAAUGUAUCUAUCUACCCGGGACUCAAUGUCAGCCACCCUCCCAUAGCAUCUUACAUUGCCUUCCCGGAUAAAGAUCCAAUACCACAUCAAAUGGAUUCUGCCACCACUGAGUGUGCAGUUACGGCGCCAUAUAUGCUUUGUCUUCCUCAAUCGUUGCUUAGCGGUUUGUCCGGUAAUAAAGGAAGGAAGUGGAACAUCUCAGUUGUAAUACAGUCUGAACCAAUUGUGAAGCAUCGAACUGCCAAAGUUGUGCGCAUUGCUGUUUUUACAGCAGACUGUCUAGUUUUGAAUGGCAUUCAGAACCAGUGGGAAGAAGGAACUUGUAGUCUUGGCUCUCACACGAGUUGGUCCAAGAUACAUUGUAUCUGUAAAGCAAAAAAGCAUAAUACAACGGCGACUAUAACAACCAGUCGUCAAUUAUUAAUUGAUUCUGAUCCUCACAUCAGAUUUUUGGCUGGCAAAUUUGCUUUGUUCCCAAAUCCUUUGGAUAUUAAAAAGGUCGUAUUAGCAGAAUUUGACUCAAAUCCAGUUACUUUGUUUACAGUAUUUUCCAUUUUUGCCGGCUACAUCUUUUGUAGUACCUGGGCUACAAUCAAAGAUAAAGCUGACCUGAAAAGGAAAAACAAAAUACUGGUCUUGCCAGACAAUGACCCCUACCACAAAGUGCGUUAUUUGAUCACCAUAUAUACAGGAAGUCGGUUAGGAUCAGGAACUACAGCAGAUGUUUUUGUUGAACUGACAGGUGAGAAAGGUGUUAGUGAUAUACAUUGCAUAAAGCACCCCCAGUUUCCAACUCUUUUCCGUGCGUCCGUUGACACCUUUCUUCUAACGACUAGAUAUGAAUUAGGGGAAAUUUUGUCCCUUCAUGUCUGGCACAAUAAUGGCGGUUCAUCCCCUAACUGGUAUUUAAGCCGAGUCAAAGUAUACAAUGUGCAAACUAAAAAAUCUUGGCUGUUUAUAUGUAGAAACUGGUUAGGUCUUGGCAAGGCUGAUGGUAAAAUAGAAAGAUUGUUUCCUGCUAAACACCAACACUCAAGCUUAAAUAAAAUGGAUUACUUCUUUAUAUCCCUUGCCAGAGACUUGGAAGAGACCCACAUAUGGCUCUCAGUAUUUUCUCAGGUUGUUACUGGUAAUUUCACCAGGGUGCAAAGGGUAUCCUGUUGCUUGGUAAUCAUGCUCAUUAAUCUCUUAUUCAAUAUCAUGUACUUCAGUGCUGAAGAGGAAAAAGAACUUCAGUCUAGAAAACAACGGCUUCUGAAAUCUCUCUAUAUUGGAUUUGUGAGUGCUUUGUUUUCCAUCCCUAUGCAAUUGAUUAUAACAUGGUUAUUUAAAUACUCAGAAGAUAAACCUUCGGUAAGUACCAGAGGUGAGAGUGGGCUAAAAGCAAAUCCCCCCUCUUUGUCUGAAACUCUCUCGACUGAUGAAACUUCAUCGGGUCCUGAAACUUUGAGCGUGAAAAGGCAGCAUACAAAAAUUUCAAACAGCAAUGCUAAUAAUAAUGAUGUGACAGACAAGGAUGCAGGAGCAGCUGAGGCAGAACACAAAACAGUGCAUACGGAGUUCUUAUUCUUUUUUCAAACACCAGAAUUUGCAUGGUGGUGGAGAUAUGUCGCUUGGGUGCUGGUCUUUAUAAUAUCUGGAGUCUCGUCAUUUAUCAUUAUAUUAUACGGUUUGUCCUAUGGCUAUACAACUUCAAUGGAAUGGUUUAUAGCGUCCAUGACAUCUUUUUUUGAGAGUGUAUUUUUGUUGCAAACUCUAAAGUUGUGUCUUAUCUCAGCAGUGAGUACUAUUACUCUUAAAUACUGUAAAAACAUCCCCUGGAAGAGCAGAGAACAGUACUUUCAGAUGAAGCUGGUCCAAGUAAAUAUCGAUCAGAAAGACUUUAAAAAGAUUCAUCAUGAGCUUCUCAGAAUCAGGCGCAGCAAGCAAUAUGAACCGUUAACGGAGGAUGAACUGAUUGUCUUGAAGAAAAAAGUGAAAGCUCAACAUCUCGCUUUUGUUUUUAUAAAGGAUAUAAUCUGCCACCUUCUUUUCUCAUCCUGCAUUUUAUCUGUUGCUUAUUCCACAGAUCCCACAACUACCUUUUAUUACAAUAAAGCUAUACAUGACAAGUUUUCCCCUGGCCUGUCAAAAAUAAAUAAGCUGGAACAAAUUUACGUGUGGAUGAGCAAUGUCUUUGUGCCACUGAUGCACAAUGACUAUCAACCAACUUAUCUUUCAGAAUCUUGGUCCAAAAUACUCGGUUUACCCAGAAUGAGGCAAAUAAGGGCACAGAAAACUGAAAAUACAUGCUUCCCUCCAAACAGCUUUGUAAAUAACUAUAUGAUUAGUAAAAGCCACUGCCGCCCUGAUUAUAAUACCGAUGCAGAAGAUCAGCGUGACUACCUUGGAUCAUGGCUCACCCCAGCCAUUGGGCACGUUUCAACGCAAGUCAGCGAUUUUCAAGGAUUUUCAUAUGAAUCUGACAUUGACCAGUGGGAAUAUAAGUCAUAUGGUGUUUUAAAUGCAUAUGGACCUGGAGGGUACUCUUUUUAUUUCUUUCCACAAGAGCAACGACCCAAUACAACACUGAGACUGAUUGAUUUGGAAAAGAACAGCUGGCUUGAUGAGUGGACCUGGGCAGUGAUUUUUGAAUUAACAACAUUUAAUCCAGAUGUAGAUCUGUAUUGUAGCAUUACUAUCAUAUUUGAGACUAGUGAUCUGGGCAUUGUUAAUGCAAGUUUGUCUGUUAAUUCUUAUAAACUCUCUGUUUUUCACUACCAAAGCAACUCUCAGUUGAUUGUAUAUGGAAUUAUAGUAUAUAUUCUUGUUUUUUAUCUUGCUGAUGAAUUUCACAUGCUGCGUGAACAAAGGAUAGGUUAUCUCCAAACAGCAACUAACUUAAUUAAUUUUGCAAUAAAAACAAUCUGCUUGUUUUUUAUAUUGCUAAUUGCACUAAAAUUUAAGUUGGCCCGCUCUUUGUUAGAGCGUCAUUUACAAAACCCAGAAGAUUUUAUUGCCUUUCAUGUAGUUUCUCAAAUUGAUCAGCUCUAUAGGAUGGUUGCAGGUGUUUUGACCUUCCUUCUGGUUUUAAAACCAUACCGCUAUUUCAGAUUUUUGUACAAAAUGCGGCUGGCAGAAAAAGCUAUGUCAGCUGCCUUUCCUGAGUUUGUUUAUAUGACAGUGUUCACAGGUAUGAUGUUUUGUGCAUAUAUGAUAUUUGGUUAUCUCAUAUAUGGUCAAAGUGAGUGGAAUUAUAAUACUUUGAUUCAUUCUCUCCAGACUGUAUUUUCAUACUCCUUUUUUGGCCUUAGAACGACUGGCAUUAUAGCUGAUAAAUGGUUAGGGCUAUUUUACAGAGCGUCGUUUACAUUUGUAAUAUUAUUUAUAUGUCACAAUUUAUGGAGAGCCCUAAUAAUCGUUAAUUACAUGUCAAUGAAACACCCUGUCUAUGAACAACAUUCUGAUGAAGCUGAAGCAAUAAACUUUGUGGUUCUGAAGAUUCGACGUAUGUGGCUUUCCUUCAGCCAGCCACAAUCAUCUAUAAGUGACAGCGACGUUACCAACACUUUUAUUUUUGGAAAGCCUACAGCUAAGGGUGAUAAACAACAAGGGCUAAAAACCACACGGAUAGAGGGCAAGAAAAUGAUUUAUCUUUCUGUUUGACAAAGGUAGUGAUAAACAUUAAAUAAAUGUGAUCAUAAUUCUGUCACAAA